AUGCCGUCGCCCGCCACGGCCGCGGCCGCGGCCGCGGGAGCGCCCCUCCAUCGCCGCCCGUGCGCACCGCGCCGCCUCGUGCAAGCCUCCUACUGCUCCCUCGCCUCCCGCGCGCUCGUCGAACCCGCGCGCCACGCCGCCCCGGCCCCGCUGCUCGUCCGCAGGCCCCGGCCGUCUCUGGCGGUGGCGAGGGCGGCGAGCCCCGACGCCGCCACCGGUUCGUCGCGGUCGCCCGCCUCCGGCGGCCAGAUGCUGGUGUUCGUCCCGCCGCACCCGCUGAUAAAACACUGGGUCUCCGUCCUGCGCAACGAGCAGACGCCCUGCGCCGUCUUCCGGAGUGCUAUGGCAGAGCUUGGUCGUCUCCUCAUAUAUGAAGCCUGCAGGGAUUGGCUGCCUACAAUCACAGGAGAAAUCCAAACACCCGUGGCUGUUUCAAGUGUUGAAUUCAUUGAUCCAAGGGAGCCUGUUAUGGUUGUUCCAAUUCUGAGAGCUGGUCUUGCUCUAGCUGAAAACGCUUCAUCAAUUUUGCCAGCCACCAAGACUUAUCACCUUGGACUUCGUAGGGAUGAAGAAACACUUCAACCUUCGGUAUAUCUCAACAACUUGCCAGAAAAGAUUCCCGAGGGGACUCGUGUGCUAGUUAUUGAUCCAAUGCUGGCCACUGGUGGGACAAUCGUUGCUGCUAUUGACUUGUUGGUUGACCGUGGAGUUACAAGCAAACAAAUUAAAGUUGUAUCAGCUGUUGCAGCACCUCCUGCGCUACAAAAGCUCAGCAACAAGUUCCCUGGGCUCCAUGUGUACGCAGGGAUGAUCGAUUCUGAAGUAGACGAGAGAGGGUACAUAGUUCCCGGGUUGGGAGAUGCUGGUGAUAGAAGCUUUAAUACAUAA